GCCCGCAAACGAAAGGCCCGGCGUCUGAAACAGGCCAAAGACGAGGCCAACCAUGAGAUCGACAAGUUUAAGGCCGAGAGGGAGAAGCAGUUCCGCGACUACGAGAGGCAACACAUGGGCUCCAGGGACGACAUUGCGGCCAAAAUAGAGGCGGAAACUCGUAUUAAGAUGGAUGUGAUGAAUAAGAGCGUCGGUUUGACUAAAGAUAAAGUGAUUGAAGACCUGUUGGCUCGAGUGAUAUGUGAGGUGAAGCCACAGCUCCACAGGAACCUGAGACUCGAAGAUCUCAAAUGAGUUAUCGUUUGAGUAGUAGUUGUAAUGCAAUGUAACUCACAUUCCCUUUGAUUUUAAUAUAAAUAUUACUCAAGAAGUGAAUUCAACUUAAAUGUUAA